AUGGCUGAGGAGAAGCCCAAGGAAGGCGUGAAGACCGAGAAUGACCACAUCAACCUAAAGGUGGCGGGGCAGGAUGGCUCCGUGGUGCAGUUCAAGAUCAAUAGGCAUACCCCCCUGAGCAAGCUGAUGAAGGCCUACUGCGAGAGGCAGGGCUUGUCAAUGAGACAGAUUAGGUUCAGGUUUGAUGGGCAACCCAUUAAUGAAACAGACACUCCAGCACAGCUGGCGACGGAAGACGACGACACCAUUGUUGUGUUCCAGCAGCAGACGUGA